AUUUGGUUUUGCAUUUCUCAUCUUUCACUAUCACUUUAUUCAGCAACAGCACUGUACUUCUAGAGAGAGAAACCAUCGAGGACUGCUAUGUGUGAGAGAGAAUGAGACUAUACAUACAUACACCUGUAUAUAUAGAUUAGAGAGAGAGGAUGAGACUAUACAUACAUACGCCUGUAUAUAUAGAUUAGAGAGAGAGAGAGAGAGAGAGAGAGAGAGAGGAAAUUUAAGGACUAUAUCUAAAAGUUUUUGGAGUCCAAGGAGCUGUGCUGCCAAUCCCGAAGAUUCUGUAUUUCUUCAAUGGCGGACCACAAGGCCAGCUUUAUAUUCAUCAUUUGAUGCUUCUUCUGUCAUCGUCCUCAAAAGCUUGAAGCUCAACAAAAAGGGGAAAUUCAGAGAACAAAAAAGUUUUUGGAUUAGAUCUUCUCUUCCAUUUUCGGAUUCUCUUUUUCGGCAUGUAGUUCUUUAUUGAACGCAUACAACCAUUAGCACUGUAUUGCUACUAUUUCUUCAUAUUGUCCUGUUGCGGAUAUGAUUUUUUGUCCAUUAACAAAGUUGCUCUCAUUCUCCAUUUGAAAUUUCGCUUGCGAUAUGCUUCAGUAGAUUUUAUAUACUCCUUCCUAGUCGAUUCGAUUUACCAAUUCCGCCGAAAGUGUUGAUAGAUACUGGAGUUCAAUCCAACUUUUUGCUUUUGUUAAAUUUUCACUUUAAUGACCUAUUGGUUUCGUGUUAAUGAAACCGACUUUUUGAAAACAAGAUCAUACAUUUCGCUCUGUUGUGAGCCAAUGUCUGUUCAAAGAUUUACACUCUUCAAAUCUAUAGAUUUGAACAAAGAUAAGUUUGGGUUUGUUCGUUGUUGAUCUUCACUUCCUCAGCACCAACAACUCAGGGUUAUAAAAGUUGAAGAAAGAACAUAGCAAGUAUGAAGCAGACAGACAAGAAAUCAACAACAAAUAAUCAACCAAAACGUUCUGUAAGAUCACAAAUCAGAGAGAAUAAGGCAAACCAACCACCAAGAACAAAAAACACAGAUGCCAAACCUUUGCCUGUAAAACAACCAGACACAAACAUGGAGUCUGAAGAAGCAUCUCAAAAUCCCAAAACUGUUAUAUCAUCAGUUGACCAACAAAACAUCAUAAACUUAGAGAAAGAACGAGAUGAAUCAGACUCUGAAACAGUCACUGAUUCUGUAUCCACCACAAGUGGGGAUGAAAAACUAGAAACCAUUCCAAUAGUCUCACAAAAGCCUCCUGAAAACAAAACAAUAUCAUCAUCAACUAAAAGAGCACCUUCUUCUAAUGGCAUAAAAGAUUCAAAAGGGGGUGUGAAAGUUCAUCCAAAGCUAUCAUCUGCACCUUCAUCAGUGUCAUCCGAAGGAAUAGAUGAUCAAACUUGCGAAGAGCCAAAGGAAGUGGAAAAAACGAAAGAGAAUUUGGAUGAAAAGAUUGAAGAAAUGGAAAUGAGAAUUGAGAAACUUGAAGAGGAGUUGAGAGAAGUUGCUGCUCUGGAAAUUUCUUUAUAUUCUGUAGUACCAGAGCAUGGUAGCUCAGCCCAUAAAGUCCACACACCUGCACGCCGACUUUCCAGGCUUUAUAUUCAUGCAGCCAAACACUACUCUCAAGGAAAGCGCUCCACCAUUGCUAAGAACACUGCUUCAGGGCUUGUUUUGAUAGCAAAAUCUUGUGGCAAUGAUGUUCCAAGGUUGACUUUCUGGUGGUCAAACGCUGUUGUGUUGAGGGAAAUAGUAACACAAGCUUUUGGCAGUUCAUGUCAAUCAAGUUAUAAAAGGGAAGGUUCUACCCCUUCACCACUAGCAUGGAAGGCUAAUUCUGGAAGUAAAGAAAUCAAUAAACCUGAUUUUAUGGAUUUUAUUGAUGAUUGGGAAGAAACAAGAAGUUUCACAUCUGCACUUGAGAAAGUUGAGUCAUGGAUCUUUUCAAGAAUUGUUGAGUCUAUUUGGUGGCAGACAUUGACUCCUAAUAUGCAAUCUCUAGCAGCUGAUACAAAUAGGAAUAAAUGUAAUGGGAAUUUGGGAAACCAACAACAGGGAAACUUUUCCAUUAAUUUAUGGAGGAUUGCUUUCCAUGAUGCUUUCAAGAGACUUUGUCCUGUUCGUGCAGGUGGCCAUGAAUGUGGUUGUCUGCCUGUUUUGGCAAGAAUGGUAAUGGAACAAUGUGUAGCUAGACUUGAUGUAGCCAUGUUUAAUGCUAUUCUUCGUGAAUCAGUCCAUGAAAUCCCAACUGAUCCUGUGUCAGAUCCUAUUGUUGAACCAAGGGUUUUGCCUAUUCCAGCUGGGGAUUUGAAUUUUGGUUCUGGGGCACAACUCAAGAACGCAGUUGGGAAUUGGUCUAGAUGGCUUUCUGAUUGGUUUGGGAUGACCGAGGAUGAGCAUGGUGAAGAUGAUGGUGAACUCAAAUGUUUUCAUCUGUUGAAUGCAUUAAGUGAUCUUUUAAUGCUACCUAAAGACAUGCUUAUGGACAGAUCAGUUAGAACCGAGGUAUGCCCAUCAAUUAGUCUUCCAUUGCUUAAACGGAUUCUCUGCAACUUCACUCCAGACGAAUUCUGUCCAGAUUCAGUUCCUGGUGCUGUUUUGGAAGCAGUAAAUGCUGAGUCCAUUAUAGAGCGUAGAUUAUCAGGAGACGAUUCAAGCAGCUUCCCAUACGCAGCGGCUCCGGUCAAAUACAAACCGCCUUCCACCACCGCUAUCUCUCAGAAGGUGUCAGAAGCUGGUGGAAAAUCUCAACUGAGUAGAAACGCAUCCGUUGUUCAAAGAAAAGGUUAUACAAGUGAUGAGGAACUACAAGAACUCGAUUCACCACUCAGUUCAAUUAUCGAUAAACUACCUUCAUCACAAACUAAUGGAAACGGUCAACAUACAAACCAAACAUCUCGUGUUGCAGUCAACUCACGUUAUGAACUUCUUCGCGAAGUUUGGUUAUCAUAACCACUUCCAAAAAAAGAGAGCCAUUUUAGUCUUUUUGUUUUGUAUCUUUAAAACAAUGGGGUC